AUGGACCAGACCCACGAGCCGGACGAGCAUCUCUUCGACGACAACAUGGACCUUUCCGGCCUGCCUCACGGCGACCUCCUCCCCGACACUACCCACGAUCCUGCCUGGGAGCCCGACUACGACUCCUACGAGCUCCCCGACGCCGCCCCGCCCUCCUACGAGGAGUCCACGAGCGGCGGCGGCGGCGGCGGUAUCGACCGCGACCCCUCCACGCUGACCGCCACCGACCCCCAGACCUUCUUCUCUCCCACCGCCUCCUCGCAGCCGCAGCCGGUUCCGCAGCAGCCCAGGCCGGCCAGGCCCCGCCUCCGCCGCGUGCUCGCCCGCAUCUCCUCCUCCUCGCCCCCUUCUCCCCCCCUUCCGCCCGUCACAACCUACUCUUCCGCGCACUCGCCCCCGCGCCAAGCCGUCCACGACCGGACCUCCACCUCCACCACCUCCGAGUCCCCCGACUCCGUCGACGGCGGCGUCCCGCUGGACCCCACCGCCACCACCGCCACGGCCACCGUCCCCGCGCUCAUCUGCCACCACGCCGUCCCCCUCCCGGCGGCGGCCUCCGGUCUGCCGAUCCCGCCGCGCUGCCCGCCGUGCACGACCGUCAUGCACCGCGCCUACACGCUGCAGAUGAAGAUGGAGUGGGACCUGGCUCGACUCGACCCGGACACGUCGCACGCCGAGCGCAGCGCCGCGUGCCGUGCGUACUUCCGCGCCAGGGCGGACGAGCAGAACUACCAAGACGAAUUGGAGGAUGGUGGUCGUGCGGAGGAGGCGCUGCGGGAGGCGGCGGCGCGCCGCCAUAGGGGAGCGCAGAGGGCUGUGUUCUUUGAGGCGGGGACGCCGCUCGUGUCGAGGGGCAGGGCGGCUGGCGCGUUUAAGCGCGAGUCGAGGGGUUAUGUGCCGGGGAAGUGGGCGGGGGAGUGGGAGGAUACUUCUGGCAUGAGGCAGAGCUUUUCGGAGUAUUAUGAUGUGAUGGCGGAUUAUGAUGAGGAGGCGAUUGUGGAUGAUGAUGAUGAGGAGGAUUACUAUGAUGAGGAUGAAGAGAUGUGCGAUGACGAGGAUGACGACGAGGAGGACUACAAGUACUAUGACGAGGGCUAUGCCGCGGGCAUGGAGUAA